AGCUGGGGCAAACAAAAAAGAAAAGCCAAACAAUUAAACAAAAGAAAAAUAUGUUUGUUUUCCAUUAUCAGUCGUAAACUUGUCAAAGUGCUGCUGAUUAUUAGCAUCGUUGGAAGAAAAUACUCCGAAACGAUUAUGUCCACCGUGGAACCAUGUCUAACGUGUUUCCGCAAGACGGACAAUUAUCUGCGCAUCACGGACGACACCAAUUCCGACGACGUGGAGCGGAUCGUCACCACUCACUUUUGGUUUUCGGAAACGGAAUGUUCCAGCAGUGUGUUGUGCACCAGCUGCUGGGAGAAAAUUGACGAUUUUCAUAAAUUCUACUGCGAGGUGCGCCGGGUCCAUUUGGAUAAUGAGGCCGACGAUCCGUCGGCCGGAUUGCAGAUCAAGGUUGAACCGCUGGAAGGUGCAAUUGUGGAUACGGCAAUCAAGCGAGAAGAUGCUGCCGAUUCGAAGAAAGUUGUCGAUGCUGAUGCUGAGGGGGAGGAUGUGGAUCGACUGGAAGCCAAAGCAACGGAACUUGAUGAAAUAAAAGACGAGGAAAGUGAAUCGGAAAAAAUCGUUGAGGUGCCAGUCAAGAAGAAGCGAGGGCGCAAACGGAAAAAUCCGGAAGUUGUAACGGCGCCGAAGCCAAAGGUGGUAAAACCGGUGGAAGUUAUUGUAGAGCCGGAAGAGGAACCCCAGACGGAUGAUGAUUCCGAUUGGGAACCACCGCGUGAUGAUGACUCCGAUGAUGAACUGUUGGUCAACAUGAAACGAACGAAAGGGGAAAAGAAACCAAGGAAAAAGUACGCCAAACGAAAACCGAGGAAAGAGGACGUGGAUCGGUCCAUGAUUGGAAAAACCAAGGCAACCAUUGCCAAGGAGGAUGAGUUCAUCCGAAGAUACUGUCCAAUCUUUUGCGAUAAAUGCAACUUCAGCUCCGACACGUUCGGUGAGCUAAAAUAUCAUACCACAACUGUGCACAACUGCAAUCCGAUGGUCGUUUGCUGCGAUCACAAAUUCUACAAGCGAUCGUUCCUUUACCAGCAUGCCCAAUUUCAUGAGGACCCGGACAAGUUUAAGUGCGACAUUUGUUCCAAAACUUUCCACAGUGGCCUGGCACUGAGACUUCAUCAGGACUAUGCCCAUGUGAAGGACGAGGAGAGAAUCUACAAGUGCGAUGUUUGCCAGGCAAGUUUCGCCAAAGCUUAUCAUCUAACGUCCCACCGCUUGAAGCACACCUCGAUCGCGGAGAAGCGCUUCUACUGCGUCGAGUGCGAUAUCGCGUUCCGAACCAACCAAUCCUACCGAACACAUUUGCACUCGAAGCACGGGGCGGCAGCCAAGUAUGUGUGUGACAUCUGCGCACGCGGUUUUCGCCAGCGGUCCGAUCUGCUAACGCACCAGCUGACGCACAGUGCCGAGGGGCUGGAGAAGCUCAAGAUUCAGUGCGAGCGGUGCCACAAAUGGAUGAAGAACAAAAAGUCCAUCUGGACGCACCGGAAGAUCUGCCAGAGCACGGGGCCGAUCGCGUGCGAUAUUUGCGGCAAGAUGGCACCCAAUCCGGCGCAGCUCAAGAGCCACAAGAAGUACAUGCACCAUGACCAGCGGGUGCACCAGUGCAGCUAUUGUGAGAAGGCGUUCAAAAGGCCGAUCGAUUUGAAGGAACACGAAACCAUCCACACCGGUGAGGUGCUGUACACCUGCAAUUUCUGCACGAAAACGUUCAACUCCAACUCCAAUCUGUACUCGCACCGGCGGAAAAUGCACCCGGUCGAGUACGCCGACUGGAAGCAUGCGCUGCAAAUGAAAAAGCAACCGGCGGACGUGCAAGCGACCACGACGGUCGCUGCAACGACUGUGGGAACAACCGCGGUUAGCGCUGCGACUGCAAUCGCAAUUCCAGAGCUACCUCCGUUCCUUCCGGGAUUGAUUCCCGGUGGUGUGCUACCGCUGAUGUCGUCGCAACCGUCCGAGGACGGAUCAGAUUACUCCUGAGCAAGGGAAGGUUGCGACGAUUUUCCCGGUAAGUACGAAGUAGUAAGUAAAUAAGAUUUGUGUGUUUCCUAAUCCGAGUUGGUGACUGUACUGUACAUAAUAAAGUGAGCUCUGAAGUCACGUGUAGGUCGAUAUCAGGA